UCCGUGGACACUGUAGCCGCGGUUCAAAGCCCUCCAUGCGGGAUUAAAAGCUAUUUUUAGAGUGAUUCAUGGGAGCACACAUGUGACUACAUUAACCAGAAGUCUCUGCUUUAUAGGUGGAGCAAUGAGCACCAUAAACAUGGCAAUCGAACAGCAAAACCCUCAUAAAAGCACUUCAGCACGGACUUUAACAUGACUAAUAGCUGUACAGUCAUAAAGUCCGGAGCGCAUUAAUAAUUUGAUGAAGUGCAUUUUAUGGCUUUAUUUAUUAAACUGAAAGUUUCUUCUGUUUAGUGCAAAUUUGUUUGUAGAGACAUAUAUAUUUGUUGUGUAAAACUUGUGCAUUUGUUCGUGAAGAGUUUGAAAUAAGGAUGGCUGUGUCUAAAGCUACAGUAGCGAUCGUGCUCAUGGUUCUGGGAGGUUUGGCUGUGCUGUUCGGAACCGUCUUGGUGUUUGUCGGACCCAUUAUAAUAGAUGACCAGAUAGUGAAGAAUGUAGAGAUCAAUCCGAAGAACGAUCUCUCCUACACUAUGUGGAAGGACAUCCCGGUACCGUUCUUCAUGUCUGUGUAUUUCUUUCAUGUUCUUAACCCUGUUGAGAUCCUGAAAGGAGAGAAGCCCAUGUUGCAACAGAGAGGGCCGUAUGUCUACCGUGAACAGCGCUGGAAAGACAACAUCACGUUCCAUGACAACAACACAGUAUCGUAUCGUGAAUAUCGUCAGUAUUUCUUCGAGGAGAGUAUGUCUGUGGGAGAUGAGUCUGAUGUGGUCACCAUCCCCAACAUGCUUGUCCUGGGCGCUUCAGUAAUGAUGGAGAACAUGCCGUAUCCUUUUCGCUUGCUGCUCAGCACCACCUUCAAGUCCUUUAAUGAAGGAGCGUUCCUAACCAAACCGGUGGGAGAACUCAUGUGGGGCUACGACAGCAAGUUGGUGGACUUUCUGAACAAAUAUCUGCCGGGCAUGCUGCCUUCCAGCGGGAAGUUUGGACUGUUUGCCGAGUUUAACAACUCCAACACGGGGCAGUUCACAGUCUUCACAGGCCAAGGGGACAUCCGGAACGUUCAUAAAGUCGAUUCCUGGAAUGGUUUGAAAAGCGUGAAUUAUUGGAGAACGGAGCAGUGUAACAUGAUCAAUGGAACAGCUGGACAGAUGUGGCCACCGUUCAUGACCACAGAAUCAACACUGCCCUUCUACAGCCCUGAUGCGUGCAGGUCAAUGGAGCUGGUGUACCAGAGGCCGCUUGUGUCACGUGGGAUCCCCGUGUUCCGUUACGUGGCCCCAAAGACCCUCUUCGCCAACGGUUCAGAUUAUCCUCCCAAUGAGGGCUUCUGUCCGUGCAGACAGUCGGGUCUUCUGAACGUCAGUACCUGCAGACACCAUUCGCCCGUGUUUAUUUCUCAUCCACACUUUUAUAACGCUGAUCCUGACCUGUUGAACACCAUCUAUGGACUGAACCCGAACGAAGACGAUCACGGGCUUUUCAUCGAUAUUCACCCGGAGACAGGAGUGCCCAUGAAUGUGUCCAUCCGUCUCCAGCUGAACCUGCUCACGAAGAGCGUGUCUGGAAUCUCAGAGACGGGGAAGAUACAAGAGGUGGUGAUGCCCAUGAUCUGGUUUGGAGAGAGUGGGUACAUUGACGGUCCCGUCCUCGACACAUUUCGUACCAAUCUGGUGGUGUUACCCAUGGUAAUGGAGUACAUGCAGUACAUCUUCAUCUCCCUCGGACUCGCUCUCAUCCUGACAGCCGCCGUCUUAUACCUCAAUGAGAAGGAAAACGUAAAAGACACAAAACACGAGUCGAGCGCGAAUGAGCAGCAGGCUGAAAAAUGUGUCAUGAGCGAUCCAGGUGAAAAGUAAGAUGUGUGUCCUGCCGUGUACAGAUGUGAAUCCAGACGGUUCAGUCCACGAGAAGACUCCUCUAACACACAACACCGAGACAUAAGAGCAUCCGUCCACUUUACAAACUCAAUGCCUUACAAUCCCACAAUCCUCUGGACAUGAAAUGUUUGUUUUAUUGGGUGUUGGGCUUGAUAACCAGUAAAGACUGCCGUAAUAAACGGGGAUUUGAUGUGGAAUUUGAACUAUGAGUUUUGUGCACUGUGGCAUGGUGAGAAUGACCUGUUGGAUUUGUGUCUGAUAUAAACGUGAGCGUAUGAGCAUUAUGGUCAGGUUAGAUUAAAGCGCUUUCUGUUGUUCUGUUUAUUUUAAUUUAUCGUGGACACUUCACUCCUAAUGAAAUACAUCAAAGCAGAGAGUGUAUUUGAAACGACACAUUCAAUAACACAUUGUAUAAUUGAAAUGAAUCAUGAGAUAUCCGAUGUAACCUUUAUACUGUAAAAAAGAGAAAGUGGUGCGCAUGCAACGUGUCAUCAAAUCCCUAGAAAGCAGAACAUGCUGACAUUUCUCGAUAUGUGAUAACACAUCUCGGCCCCGUGUUUUAAAAUCCUGACUGUAAAGGCACUUGUGUUUAAGGCCUGUGCAAUAUUCUUUAAUACCUGCGUCAUGUUUGACUGUUCUUUAAUUAGUCUAUUGUUUAAGAAAUAAAGUUUGCAGUGUUUAAGAAUGUAUUAAUAUCGAGGAGCCAAAAACAAGGAUAGUGUCAUUUGCAUAAAUCCACGUAACACAUCCUGGAUAAAUGUUUGUAUUCUUUGAUUUAAAA